AUGCGUGCCAUGACUUCUCCCUUCGCCCAUGAGCGACGUAACCGCCCGGUCGGCAACGAUCAGCAUGUUCAGACGCAGGUGCUGGUCAACCCCCACGGCUCGUCGUUCGAGGUCUUGAGGACGAGGAGGGUUGUCAACUCCCUCAUCUACGGCAGGAGAGUGCUUCGACACUCGUGGUACCCGGGGUUCGCAUGGCAGUGCGUCGCCUGCAAGGGCUGCCUUGCCCACCUCGGCUGGUUCUUCACCCCUCAAGAUAAGGAAGGGGAAGGAGACCCCUGGUUCGAGGAUGAGAUGGUGGAACAGGAGGGGGAGGAGGAAGAGGAGGAAGAGGCGGGGGGAGGAAGGGAGGAGGUAGAGGCGAAGACAAGGCAGGAGGAGGACGCAAGAGGGAGCGGGAGUGACGAUGGCACCAUCCUUCCGAAUGAAACCAACUCGCAUGCUCCGCGUCACGUAGCAGGGAAGGAAGACCUCGACGUCGCCGACAUGUCGCAGCUGCCGGGGCUGUGGGUAGCAGAGAUGGGAAGCGAGAGCUUCUUUCUCCGCGUGGAUCGACAAGGAGGAGAGUUUGUCGCCAGCACCAUCAGGGCGUCAGAGAAGAAGAUAAUUACAGGCAGAAGGGUCUGGACCAUGCAUCCUGCCGAUGGGACCCUUCGACUUGUCAGCAGCGGAGCAAACGACGUCAGAGCCAGCCUUGUCGGGUUGUUGUCGAUUCCCAGCUGCUCGAAUCGCUGA